AUGAAAAUAUUAAAAGCAUUAAUAUUAUUAACAGUAUUAUUUAAAACAGUUAUAGGAGGUGUAGAGACAUCAACUAAAGGAUUACAUGUUUAUGGUAGAAAUAUAUUGAAUGAAAAUGGAGAAUUAGUAAUGUUAAGAGGAGCAAAUCGUCCAGGUACAGAGUAUUGUUGCGUUCAAUAUGCUAAAAUAUUUGAUGGACCACAUGAUCAAGCACAAGUUGAUGAAAUGAGAAAGUGGAAAAUGAAUGCAGUGCGUGUUCCAUUGAAUGAGGAUUGUUGGUUAGGAGUUCAUGCACCAGAGACCGAAUACUUUGGAGCAUCCUAUAGAAAAGCCCUUGAAGAUUAUAUUAAACAAUAUACCGAUAGCAACAUGGCUGUGAUUAUAGAUUUGCAUUGGGCAUCUGAGAAUGGUAAAUUGGCAACUCAGCAAAUUCCAAUGCCAAACAAUGGUAAUAGUUUGUUGUUUUGGGAAGACGUUGCCAGAACAUUUAAAGACAAUUCACGUGUUUUGUUCGAUCUUUACAAUGAACCAUACCCAUAUGGAAAUAGUUGGGCCAACCCAGACGCAUGGCAAUGUUGGAAGAACGGUACUGAUUGCGGCACCCUUGGCUAUGAGGCAUCUGGUAUGCAGCAAAUGAUUGAUGCAAUUCGUUCCACUGGCUCAACUAAUAUCAUCCUUUUGAGUGGUAUUCAAUAUGCAACUUCAUUCACAAUGUUUUUAGACUACCAACCAACAGACCCUGCCAAACAAAUGGGUGUUGCACUUCAUAGUUACGAUUUCAAUUAUUGCAGAUCUAGAGGUUGUUGGGAUACUUAUUUGAAGCCAGUUUACUCUCUCUUCCCUAUGGUUGCCACUGAAACAGGUCAAAAGGAUUGUCUUCAUGAUUUCCUCUCUGAUUUCAUUAACUAUUGUGAUAGCAAUGAUAUACAUUAUUUAGCAUGGUCUUGGCUAACUGGUGAAUGUGGUAUUCCAUCAUUGAUUGAAGAUUAUGAAGGCAAUCCAAGUAAUUUCGGAGUUGGUUUGAAAAGACAUCUCUCUGAUUUAGCCAAAGGUGUCACUCCAUACUACACCGAUACCUUUGAAAUCUACAAUGAUAAACUCACACAUUGGGCUGAUGAUUGGAGUUCUGCAACUCGUAUUAUCAAUAGUACCACUCAAGUUUACUCUGGUAAAUACUCUAUCGAAUGGUUACCAUCCGCUUCUAAAUCACUUCAUUUCAUGUGUUGGAGUUGUAUCAAACCAAAGAUUCAUAAAUCUGUUGAUUUCUAUGCCAAUGGUGGUAGUAAAGGUGGUCAAGAUAUGGAUAUUGAUCUAUUGAAAUUAAAUCCAGAUGGUACAAACACUAUCCUUCAUACCUAUAAACUAAGUCAACUUUUAGGUGGAAAAGUAGUUCCAAAAUCUGAAUGGGUUAAAGUGGUUUUGGAUUUAACAACUCUACCAAAAGAUGAAGAAUAUGAUGGUUUUUGGUUAAAAUCUGAUACAAGUCAACCUUCAAUGUAUGUUGAUGAAAUUACAAUUCAAGCAAUUCAUGAACCACCAACUCAAAUUCCAGAUUCUCAAUGGGAAGAACAAAAUGGUGAUAGUUCAAUAGGUUCAAUAAUUACUGUAAAUUUAAUUUUAUUUAUAUUUACUUUAUUAUCAUUAUUAUUAUAA